AUGGCGAAAUAUCAGUGUCUCACAGACUAUUCUCCGUUCUGGGCCAAUCCUUUAUACCGCGACACCUGCAUUGGCUUGAAUGAUGAUAAACCCUGCCCUUGCGCCCUGGAUAUCUGCCGCCGCCAGCAUGCCGAGAUUUGCUUUUACUAUCUGCAAUUAGAAGCGAACAAGAAAACACAUCUUCAGACUAUAGCAAAGUUUAUGGUAUGUGAAAAUCACAGCCACGGCGCCAGCGAAAUUGCCAAAAGCUGGAUGCGAGAUAGCACGCAGCAACAGAUAAUUCCCAUCUCCAACUUGCCAGAGACAAACGCAAUACACGGAAGCCGGCAAUCUCCAAGGUUGGCUCAUUAUCACAGCCCCCCAACGUUCUGGAAAGCAAUAUUCAACAAUGAGUUCGCUAGCACAGCCUGUUUGGCCCGAGCCUACCGCGCGUCUGAAUCUUCGGCCAUGCUGUCUUCAUGA